AGUGUCCAAAAGCUUGGCCCGACUGAGAUUUCUAGUCGUGUCAGGGCGGAUGCAGGGACUGAAGAAGGGCGAGGGCGAGCGGCGGGGACUGGGGAAGGGCGAGCAGCGGGAGGCACGGGCUCUCUCUAGCAGGUGGCUGCAGCCAUGGAGAGGCUCUCUGCCGCCCUCAAGGGCCAGACGGGCCCAGAGCGCCCAAGCCCCUUCAGUCAGCUGGUCUACACCAACAACGACUUAGUGAUUCACCAUGGGGAUCUCAGGAAGAUCCACAAAGCUGCCUCCCGGGGCCAAGCCUGGAAGCCGGAGAGGAUGAUGAAGAAGACGACAAUGGACCUGAACAUAAGAGAUGCGAAGAAGAGGACUGCUCUACACUGGGCCUGUGCCAAUGGCCAUGCAGAAGUAGUAACACUUCUGGUAGAUAGAAAGUGUCAGCUUGACGUCCUUGAUGGUGAAAAUAGGACCAUUCUGAUGAAGGCUCUGCAAUGCCAGAGGGAGGCUUGUGCAAAUAUUCUCAUAGAUUCUGGUGCUGAUCCAAAUAUUGUAGAUGUGUAUGGCAAACAUUAUGCUGUUAACAGUGAGAAUUUGUCAGUGGUGGCAAAAUUGCUGUCCUGUGGUGCAGACAUCGAAGUGAAGAACAAGGCUGGCCACACACCACUUUUACUGGCCAUAAGGAAAAGAAGUGAGAAAAUUGUGAAAUUUUUACUGACAAAAAAUGCAAAUGCAAAUGCAGUUGAUAAGUUUAAAUGCACAGCCCUCAUGCUUGCUGUAUGUCAUGGAUCAUCAGAGAUAGUUGGCAUGCUUCUUCAGCAAAAUGUUGACAUCUGUGCUGAAGCUACAUGUGGAAUGAUUGCAGAACGUUAUGCUGUUGCUUGUGGAUUUAAUCUCUAAGUGUUUACAUUUAAAGGCUAGUGUUCAUCAACAACUUUUGGAAUAUAAACAAAAGAUAUCUAAAAAUUCUCAAAAUAGUAAUCCAGAAGGAACAUCUGAAGGAACACCUGAUGAGGCUGUACCCUUGGCGGAAAGAACACCUGACACGGCUGAAAGCUUGGUGGAAAGAACACCUGAUGAAUAGGAUACAGUGAAUUCCUCUUCAAAGAUUUUAGCCUGUAAACAUCCUUUAAAAUUCAAGAGGGGGAAGAUUAAGUACAAUGAGUGCUGAGUUCCUCAUCAAAGAACAAAUAUGGGAGGGUCCAGUCCUCUCCCUUGAGGAGGCGCACCCUGCUGCCUCGUUGCAGUGGCCAUAAAGGUAAGGAAUCAAGACUCAACUGGUGCGAUUAGUAAACCCGGGCUCUCAGCAACGUGGAAAGAAACAGGCCAGCAACUUUGGGGAAAGGAUCUUCACAUACCGUGGCGACAAGCUAACUGUGCACAGACCGAGUUAUUUCCAACAUGAAGCUGCACCCUUGGUGGAGGGAACAUCUGACGAAGUUCAAUGUUUGGGGAAAGCAAUAUGUGGAAAGAUUGAACAGUCAGCAGGAGAAACACCUAGGAAAAUUACAAGGCCUGUGAACGAAACAUCUGAGAAAUUUGCAUGGCCACGAGAAAGACCUACAAAGACCACAUGGGAGGAAAAAGAAACAUCUGUAAAGACUGAAUGAGUGGCAGGAGUAACAUCUAAUAAAAUUGAAGUUUUGGAAGAAGGAACAUCUAAGAUGAUCACAUGUCCUAUAAAAAAACAGCUACAAAAGCAAGUACAAAUGGUAAGAUGCUUGAGUGAACUUUGUAGAGUUUAUUGGCACUUUGGGUUCCCUAAUGGAAAUAGUGUGGUAUGGGAGUAGUCGGGAAUGGCUUGAAUGUCUAGAUAAGGCAAGCUUAGGCAACACAUUUUCAUAGUGUAGAAAUGAGUAGAUCUUAUUCUGUAAGCCCUGGAAAAAUUCCCAAAAUAGUUCUGGCUGUAAAUAUUAGAUGAACUAAUGUUUUGGUGGUACAGGGAUGUUAUAGGAUCUCACUCCCCACCCCCCAUUAUUAGUUGUGCUAUUGGCAGUGUUUUGUUCAUGUCUCCUUUCUUGCUUGGCUAAUUAGCAACAGCUCCAAUCAUCAUGCUAUCUCAAGACAAUAUCUGAAGGCUGGGAGGGUUGCUUUUGUUCACAUUUUUUUUUAAAUAAGAAGAAAACUUGGAAGCUUUCAGUAAUCUUCCUGUAACAUUUUAUUGGCUGGAUUAUACCACAUGCUAAUUUCUAUACCAAUCACUAGGAAAGCAAAUGUAAUUACUGUGAUUAGCUUACAAUACUGAUUUUUCUUUUAAUAUUGGAUGGGGGUAAUGGAAUAAUAAAUAUCUAAGUGAACAUGUGUUUCUGCAGCAAUAAAGAAUAAAUAAUGACUAUGCAUAGGAAGCCAGCAAUGUUUUCUGCAGGAAUUCAGUGGAAAAGUUUGAGCAGGGGAGUCACAAGAUUAGAUUUGAGUAUCAGGGUAUUCUGGUCAUGGUAUAAAGCAGAGAUUGGCAAACUUUUCCUGUAAAGUGCCAGAUAGUGAAUAUGUUGGGCCAUGUGGUCUCUAUUACAGCUAUUCAACUCUGCCAUUGUAGAGUGAAAGGAGUCAUAGAUAAUGUAUCGACAAAGAGGCAUGAUUGUACUCCAAUAAAAGUUUGUAUAUAAAACCAUUUAGAAAGCUGAAUUUGGCCUGUGGCCUAUAGUGUCUGGCCCUUCAUAUAGAAGAUAGAUGGAGGAUAAUCACGUAAAAAGAUUGAAAGAUUAAGCUUUUGUAGUAGUUCAUGUGAUAGUCUUUUUUUUUGUAACCAAUCUGUGGCCUAGUAUCAAUCUAUUAUGAAAGUUUGAUCCAUCAAGGGUAAAAUGAAUCAAGUUCAGAAGCUCAAUUUACACAUUUAAACAUGUAGGUCCUUCUUUGGCAU